AUGCAUAAUUCUGACGGGAACGACAUUAAUACAAAAAUCUUUAACUCAGUUGCUGAGGUGUUUCAGAAGGCACAGAGCUCGUAUGCGGGACACAGGAAGCAUAUAGCUGUUUUGAAAAAGAUCCAGUCAAAAGCUGUCGAGCAAGGGUAUGAAGACGCUUUUAACUUUUGGUUUGAUAAAUUAGUUACAAAGAUUUUGCCCCUGAAGAAAAAUGAGAUUAUCGGGGACAGAAUAGUAAAAUUAGUCGCUGCGUUUAUAGCCUCUUUAGAUCGAGAGUUGAUCUUAGCCAAAAAACAAGAUUACCAGCUCACGAACGAUGAAGAAGGUGUAUUUUCAAGAUUUGUUGACCAAUUCAUAAGACACAUUUUGCGUGGAGUAGAGAGUCUAGACAAGAAUGUCAGGUUUAGGGUUUUACAAUUAUUAGCUGUUAUAAUGGAUAAUAUCGGUGAAAUUGAUGAAUCACUUUUCAAUUUGUUGAUACUUUCUCUGAAUAAAAGGAUCCACGAUAGAGAACCAACUGUUAGAAUACAGGCUGUGUUUUGCCUAACCAAGUUUCAGGACGAAGAGCAAACUGAGCAUCUAACCGAGCUUUCUGAUGAUGAAGAUAAUUAUGAAGCCACGAGGACCUUGGUUGCUACGAUUCAGAACGACCCGUCAGCUGAAGUGCGUAGAGCUGCUAUGCUGAACCUGAUCAAUGAUAAUAACACCAGACCCUAUAUUUUGGAGAGAGCAAGAGACGUGAAUAUCAUCAAUAGAAGGCUUGUGUAUUCGAGAAUUUUGAAAUCUAUGGGGAAAAGUUGUUUUGAUGAUAUCGAGCCACAUAUUUUUGAUCAGUUAAUAGAAUGGGGGUUGGAGGAUAGAGAGUCGUCGGUAAAAAACGCAUGUAAGAGGCUCAUUUCUCAUGACUGGUUGAACAUUCUAGACGGUGACUUAAUUGAGUUGCUAGAAAAGCUGGAGGUUUCUAGAUCCCCAGUAUGUGUCAAGGCUAUAGAAGCCCUAUUCCAGUCACGGCCAGAUGUACUCUCCAAAAUCAAGUUCCCCGAAAGCAUUUGGAAGGACUUUACCGUGGAAAUCUCCUUUCUCUUUCGGGCCUUUUAUUCGUACUGUUUGGAUAAUGAUAUAACAGAAAUGUUGGAAGAAAACUUUCCAGAAGCUUCAAAAUUAUCUGAGCAUUUAAACCAUUACAUUAUUCUUAGAUUUCAUCAAGAAGAUGUGCCCAAUGAUUCUCCAGUAAGUUUAGAUGACAGAACUUUAGAAUUUAUUAUUGAACAGCUAUUAAUUACGGCAGAAAAAUAUGAUUUUAGCGAUGAAGUUGGGAGGAGAUCAAUGCUUACAGUCGUAAGAAAUAUGUUAGCUUUGACUGCACUAUCCGAGCCUCUCAUUAAAAUUGGCAUCCGCGUAAUGAAAAGUUUGUCGAUAAACGAAAGAGACUUUGUAACGAUGGCAAUAGAAAUUAUCAACGACAUUAGAGAUGAUGAUAUUGAAAAGCAAGAACAGGAAGAGAGAAAGAAAGGCAAAAAAAAUGAUCUGUCUGCUAACGGAGACGAUGAUGAUAAUAACAUAAACGAUGAUGCCGCUAAUGAUGAUGACGAAGACGAUAAUAUUGCGUCCUUCCACUCUGCAGUAGAAAACUUAGUGCAAGGAAACGGCAAUGUUUCAGAGAGUGACAUAAUGAACAACCUCCCACCUGAAAAGGAGGCAAGCUCAGAGACAAUUGUUCUUUGUCUCACAAGAUCGUCAUGUAUGUUAGAGUUGGUCAAUACACCCCUAACAGAAAACAUUUUAAUUGCAUCGUUAAUGGACACUUUAAUUACACCUGCAGUUAGAAAUACCGCACCAAAUAUCAGAGAGCUUGGUGUCAAAAACUUGGGUUUAUGCUGUCUCUUGGACGUCAAGUUGGCUAUUGACAACAUGUACAUUUUGGGUAUGUGUGUUUCUAAAGGUAAUUCAUCAUUAAAAUACAUUGCGCUACAAGUCAUCGUAGACAUUUUCUCUGUGCACGGUAACACUGUGGUGGAUGGUGAAGGUAAAGUAGACUCCAUAUCAUUGCACAAAAUAUUUUACAAGGUUUUAAAAAACAAUGGUCUACCAGAGUGUCAGGUGAUAGCUGCAGAAGGGUUGUGCAAACUUUUUUUAGCAGACGUGUUCACCGAUGAUGAUUUGUUCGAAACGUUAGUUUUAUCAUAUUUUUCGCCAAUCAAUUCCUCAAAUGAGGCAUUGGUGCAAGCAUUUGCAUUCUGUAUCCCAGUAUACUGUUUUUCACAUCCUAAUCAUCAGCAGCGUAUGUCAAGAACGGCUGCAGAUAUACUUUUAAGACUAUGCGUUCUUUGGGAUGACAUGCAAAGUACUGUAGAAACUGGAGCUAAUCGUGAGGCAAUGCUAAAGCCCAACAUUAUAUUUCAGCAACUAAUAUUUUGGACCGAUCCGCGCAAUUUAGUUAAUCAAACAGACUCUACUAAAAAGGAUAUAGUGCAACUCACAUUCUUGAUUGAUGUGCUCAAGAUAUUUACACAGAUUGAGAAGAAGGAAAUAAAAAAAAUGAUAUUAACAAACAUAAAUGCUAUAUUUUUCUCAGCUGACCAGGACUAUUCUACUUUAAAGAAGAUUCUUGAGUAUUCUGAUGAUAUCGCAGAGAAUGAUACCUUAGACAGUGUCAGCAAAAAUGCUCUGGACAAAUUAAGAAACAAUUUGAAUGUAGUCAUCGAAGAGAUUAACGAAAGGUCAGGAAUUCAAACAAAAGAUGAAAACAACACGACGAAUGACCAAUACUCAUCCAUCUUAGGGGAUUCCUUUAAUAAACUGGCAAAUGGCACACCAGAUAACAGUAUCGAUACAACUGCCGAAAAUGACACGGGAACCACCAAAGCGCCUGAAAAUAUUUUAGUGGCAGAUAACGCAGGAGAAAAGAACCAAAAUAAUUCCAGGAAAAGGACAAGGUCUGAAACGGAACAAGAUACUACAUCCACUAAUCCAGAAACUACUUUCAUUCAAAACACUUCAGCUGUAACAAAGAAUGUGAGUUUUAUCUUACCCGAAGAGGAAGCAGACGCAAUGUCGGUAGACGAAGAAGAUAAUAGUCCAGAUUCCUUUACGGAUGUUUAA